GUCGCUUGACUUGGCGGUGCAUCCACCCGCGUGUCUCUAUGCAGUCGUCCAUCGGCGUCGUCACCCGCAUGACCAAUCUGAUCAGUACUCAUCCUCAGCCGCGGCUCUUACACGGAUCCAGUCCAGAUUUUUACCAUUAAUAUUAGUAUGAUAACUUCAUGAAUUUUUCUCUCUAAUGCUCAGUUAGAGCGUAUAUAGUUCGGGUACUGUGACCGUAAAGCGCACAUCACGCCAACGGACGUUGUGCGCGUAUUCUUCAAGACGUUACGUAUUGUGGAACCAAAAUUUACAGAAUAACGUUCACCACAGCACUUAUUUACAAGGAGAAAAUUUUGUGGAAACAUGUUCCCACUUACAGUAAAAAACGUGGAGCCACAAAUUAACGAGAAACUUUUGAGUCACUUCAAAGGCGAGCGAGAGGGCUUCAUUCAAGUAGGUGAUGAAAAAUGGUUGGUGCCUGCCCGAUACGCUCGACAUGCUUCCGGCUACUAUCAAUUUCCUCUGAAGAUGGGUGACGUUUGGAUAAUGACCUUUCCUAGAUCCGGUACAACUUGGUGCCAAGAGCUCAUUUGGCUCCUAAAUAACAAUCUAGAUUACAAAAAAUCAGCAGCAGUGGCUUUAGAACGACGAUCACCUUUUCUUGAGUUCAGCAUCAUACAUGACCCAAAACAUAUCCAAGAUUUAAUAAACUUAAACGAUAACAAUCCGGAUGUCGUCGCAAUUCUCAAAGAGAGAUCGACCCCAGGGUAUGAACUUUUCAAGGACCUGCCCAGUCCGAGAACUAUCAAGACCCAUCUGCCGUUCAGUCUGCUUCCUCCGACACUUCUGGAGACAAACAAGAUCGUCUACAUUGCCAGGCAUCCUAAGGAUGUUUUUGUCUCAUACUAUCACCAUAACAAACUUGUCACCAUACAUGGCUACCACGGUGAUAUGCCUACUUAUUGGAAGUUCUUCAAAAAUAACCUAGUUUGUUUCAGUCCAUACUGGGAGCAUUUGAAUCAAGCCUGGGAACAUCGUAACCACCCAAACAUGCUGUUUCUCUUCUACGAAAACCUGGUUAAGGAUCUUCCUUCAGGCGUGAGGGAGAUAGCUCAGUUCUUGAAUAUGCAGUACUCUGAUGAACAAUUUCGGCAACUAGUCGAACAUUUGCAGAUCGAUAAUUUUAGGCGCCGAGUUCCUCUUUACGUUGAUGUCGAGAUCAAAGGAAUUUUUGGCGAUACUGAGGAAGGUUUUGUACGGAAGGGCAAAGUCGGCGGAGGCGACCCAGAACUAACCGCAGAACUGAGCCGGGAAAUUGACGAGUGGAUAGAAAUGCAGCUUCAGAACACUGAUCUACGUUUUCCGGAUAAAAAAUGACCCUUGAAUCCUUGAUCCUCACUAUUGCGAGGCUGAAAAGCAAUUGAUUUUAUAUGUAUCUGUUUUAUGCUUUGAAGACGGGCCCCAUAACUUGGAAAAAUUGACUGAUGGCAAAGUGGAAUAAGUAUUAACUUAGAGCCUGCAGCGUUGCAGUUUUUGUCGAAUAUAAAUACAUUUUUGAGUGUAGCGAGAAUUUUCGGAUCGGGAAUCCAAUCCUUGCAGAACUUCGAAAAAGACAUUAUGAAGUAGAUAAUGUUGAAUGCAUCAGUGGGGUUGUCAUUUGAGUUGGCCGGUGGGCAAAAUAGACUAUACAUUUUGCAAUUAGGAACUAAUAUUUUAGGCCCAUUUUAGAAACAACGUAUGCGCUAUUCUCAUGUAACACAGGCAAAUGCUUCUGAUUCCUCUUUUCUUCUUCUUUUUUCUCCUUGCCUUUUUUCCUCUUCUUCUUUUUUCUUCUCUUCUUUAUUCUCUUCUUCCUCAUAUUUUUCUUUUCUUCUCAUCCCUCCUCCUCCGUUUCUUUUUUACUUCUUCUUCCUCUAUUUUUCGUUCUUCCUCCUUCUCCUUCUCCUCCUCCUCUCCCGCUUUGAUGCUCUCUACGUAGGUAAAUGCCUUUAUAGAUGAGCAAAAAUUAUAGUUGUUCUGAAUAACAAAAUGUGGUCCAACUAUUACAGCCUUGAAGUAUGAAGUCCUCGCAUUGACAGGCAAAGGCAACCGCUAAAGUAGGUAUUCAUCCUUGUCUCUGCAUGGAGAGACUGAGCGAGCAGAGCAUAUACUGGAAAAACUCUCUCGGCAGUAAGUACCUAUCCACAACAUCGAAAAGCUGGGCAUCUGGAGUCCCUGCUACCGAAAUCUACUGGCAAACGGCAGCCCGAACCAAAAAUCUCGUACGGAGGAAAAAUUUUCUGUUGAUGUAUAUUUAUAAUCUCCUCAUCAAAUUCCUAUUCGAAACAGGAUGAGUUCCCGUUGGCCCGAUGAGAUUUUUGUUACGGACGAUAGUCAGAAUCCCAAAUGUUCAACUUAAAUUCGGGUUAAUAGAAAAAUCUGAUUAGGAGGCUACUAGCAGGACGUCUCUAUCUAUGCGCGCUGAGCAAUUUUUCUCUGUGCGUUAUUCUGGGCUGACUGUAGAAAUUAACAGCCAAAGAGUUAGUCGAGAAGGACAUAAGAAAAAUUGAGCGACACUAUUGGUGGCAGCGGGUGGUUAAAAUGGACGAAGAAUAAGAAAUAGACUAACUAACGGCAAGCAAUGAGAGAUCCUUCGGUUAAUCCAUCAUCAUUCUCCUCCUAAAUCCAUUCUAAGUACCGGAUUCCACCAAUAAGAUCGCUCCAUUUUAUUUAUCGCUAAAUCCGCGUCAAUUUCAAUAAUCAGCCCAUAUCUGUCAAGCUUUCUGAAUUGUGGGUGCUGCCAAAAAAGUUCCUUUUGUGUGCGUGGAGAUACCUAGAUUCUCAUAGAUCUUUAUUACAUCUUUAAUUUAAUUAGUUUGGUAAUCAAUAAGUUAAGUUUUCAUAUUGUUUUUAACUUUCUAUAUACUUUUAAAUAAAAUAAUUUUGAUUUUGUUCAGUUUUAAAACUUA